AGCUAACAGCCUGGAUUUCAGAUAUUUAAUGCUAUGGUUUCUCAGUUCUUUUUGGAAGGUGUGGCUCUGACUCAAAAAGUAGAUUCAUGGCAGAGUAAUAAACACUGACGUUCAAGACAGUAGCUGAUUAAGGUGAACAGGCAGAGAGACUGAGAAUAACUGCUAACAGCAGUCAGAAAGAGUGCAAGUAAUCACUUCUGAUCUUUAGAGCCGGAGAGGAUUUGAAGUUGAGUGAAUUCACAGCCAGUAAUGGGUCUCAAUACACGAGGAAUUGUUUCUUUCUUACUCCUUGCCCAAGGUCUUCUUCAAGCAUCCCAAGCAUUUAAUGUCGAUGUGAUGAAAGCCAAAACAUUUUCAGGCCCACCAGAUGUUCUCUUUGGCACCUCCAUUCAGCAGUUCUCAAACCCAGAUGGUCAAUGGUUGCUAGUAGGAUCUCCAUGGAAUGGGUUUCCAAAGAAUCGUAUGGGAGAUGUCUACAAAUGUCCCAUCAGUGGCAGCAGUGCAAAUUGUGAGAAACUUAACUUGGGAGAUAAAAUGAAUUUUCCAAAUGUGACAGAGGUCAAACAGAACAUGAGUGCUGGUGCAACACUUGUCAGGAACGAUGAAACUGGUGGAUUUUUGGUUUGUGCUCCAUUAUGGGCACAGGAGUGUGGCAAGCAGUAUUAUCCAACAGGAUUGUGCGUAGAUGUAAAUUCAAAUUUCCAAAUAUCAAAAACCUUCUCUCCUGCAAUUCAAUCCUGUGCAUCCGCCAUGGAUCUUGUAAUAGUGUUGGAUGGAUCCAACAGUAUAUGGCCAUGGGAACCAGUCCAACAUUUCCUUAAAAAAUUAACAGGAAGCUUAGACAUAGGUCCUAAGAAAACUCAGGUGUCCAUUGUACAAUAUGGUGAAAAUGCAAGAAUUGAUUUCAAGUUGAAUGCUUACAAAACAACAGCUGAAGUUGAAAAGAUUGCUGCGAAUAUUGUUCAAAAGCAAGGACAAGAAACAAACACUGCUGGUGGAAUUGAGUUCGCAAGGAAAUAUGCAUUCUCGCCUGAAAAUGGUGGAAGACCAACAGCAACAAAGGUCAUGGUUGUUGUAACUGAUGGCGAAUCUCAUGACAGUGCCAGGUUACCUGAAGUGAUAGCUCAAUGUGAAGAAGAACGAAUAAUCAGAUUUGGGAUUGCUGUUCUUGGUUAUUACAACAGAGAAGGGAUAAACCCAGACAACCUAAUCAAGGAAAUCAAGUCUAUUGCAAGUGUUCCAAUAGACAAACAUUUUUUCAAUGUAUCCUCAGAAGCUGCCUUGAUAGAAAUAGCUGGUGCGCUCAAAGAACGAAUCUUUAGUAUUGAAGGCACCAGCAAUAAGAAUGAAGAUACCUUCCUGUUGGAAAUGGCACAAGUAGGAUUCAGUGCACACAUUGUACCUAGCCAGGACUUACUGAUACUGGGAGCAGUAGGAGCUUAUGAUUGGUCAGGCACAACUGUCCAUAAAUCAUCUACCAACACUAUUAUAUUUUCCAAGAAAAUCUUUCAGGACAUUCUGCAAGAUAGAAAUGACAGUACAUACUUGGGCUACGCUGUGACAUCAAUAGUAACACCAGAUUCUGUGCUCUAUGUUGCCGGAGCACCACGCUUCCAACACACUGGCCAAAUAGUUAUUUAUGCAGUUGGCUUAAAUGACAAAGUGCUGAUUAAGCAGACACAAAAAGGAGAACAGCUUGGCUCAUAUUUUGGCAGCGUACUAUGCUCUAUGGAUGUUAACCAAGACUCACUGACGGAUGUACUAUUAGUUGGGUCCCCCAUGUUUAUGGGUCGCCAUAAAAAUGAGGAAGGAAGAGUGUAUGUGUUCUCUGUCAAUAAGGGUAAUCUGGAAAAGAAUGGCAUCUUAGAAGGACCAGAUAAUGGAAGGAACAAUCGAUUUGGAGCUGCUAUUGCUGCCAUCUCCGAUAUCAAUCUAGAUGGUUACCAUGAUGUGGCAGUCGGUGCACCUGUAGAAGAUGACAACCGUGGCGUUGUUUACAUUUACAAUGGCUACCAAAAAUCAAUCAAACCAAAACAUACACAAAAAAUACAAGCUUCAAAAAUCAGCUCACAAUUGCAAUAUUUUGGGCUCUCUAUUGAUGGACAGAAAGAUUUGAAUGGCGAUUCUAUCACAGAUCUGUCAAUUGGAUCCAUUGGGAAUGUUGUGCAACUUUGGUCACGAAGCAUUGCAAAUGUAAGUGUUACAGUGAUGUUUGAACCAACAAAACUCUACAUUUUGAACAAAUCUUGCAUAAUCAAUGGAAAUAAUCAAAUUUGUGACAAAAUCAAAAUAUGCUUCCGAGCUACAAUUAAACCUGAAAAACCUGGAUCAUCAAUUGAUAUUAGAUACAGACUAACAUUGGAUGCAGAUCUCAAGUCAUCUCGUGUUAGUUCACGAGGAUUGUUUCAAGAAAACCAUGACCGAACAAUAAAGAAGGACAUUACAGUUGGGAACUCACUAAAAUGCAAUGAACUUACCUUUUAUGUCCAAGAUGCUGGAGAUAUUGUUAACCCAAUUGAUCUACGGUUAGACUUCGAUCCACAAAAACUUGAAGCUGGGCCCACUCUUGAUGUCUACACAGCAAGAUCCAGGGAGUAUUUUGUUCCAUUCUCCAAAGACUGUGGUGAAGAUGAAGAAUGCAUAACCGAUCUUGCAAUUAAAGUUCAUGUUAUUAACCCCAGCAUCAGAACAGUACCAUAUAUAGUUAGCAACAAGAACAAACGGAUAACAAUUAAUGUAGAGACAGUGAACAAGAAGGAAAAUGCAUUUAAUGCUAAAGUCAACAUACAGUUUUCUGAAAACAUCUUCUUUGCAUCAGUUGAUAAUGCUGAAGUUUCAUGUCUAAUUGUAGACCCUCAGUCAGUAUCUUGUGACAUUGGGCACCCAUUCUUGCCAGGAGGAGAUAAGGUCUCUUUUGAUAUCAAUUUUGAUUUUAACUUUAAUGAACCAAAGAGGGAUACAUAUGUGAUCUUCCAUGCUGUGAGCGAAAGUAUUGAACAACCAGAAACCGAUUUUGACAAUAAUGCAAGAGUUGAAUUUACCGUCCAAUAUGAUGUUGAAAUUCUCUUCUCAAGAUCCACCAACAUAAAUUUCUAUGAAAUCCAUCCUGAUAAACAGGUUCCAAAAAUAAUCAAAGACUUUAAGGAUAUUGGUCCAGAAUAUGUUAUUACACUCAAAGUCAAUACUGGACAUUUCCCUAUUCAGACUGCCUAUGUUACCGUUAAGAUACCAGUAACCACAAAAGGCAAAAGUCAACUUUUGUACCUCACUGGAGUAAACACAAUUCCGGAAAACAACUUCAUUUGUGACUUAAGAGAAAAAGUAGAUAAACUGAAUAUCAAACGCUCUCCUUAUUCUGCAAGUUUUAUAAAGGAACGUCUCGAGAAUGUGAAAGAUUUGAACUGUGAAAAUGCCAAUUGUGAGAAUUUUGUUUGUACAAUGAACAAUCUUGCAAAGAACAAAGAAUAUCUAAUCUAUAUUACUACAAGAAUCUGGGAGGGCACAUUUAUAAAUGCUGACUUUCAAAGUAUAGCAUUGACUCCAUCUGCACAGAUUGCAACAAACAAGCAAUUAUUGGUCAUCAAAAACGAUACAUUAACAAUCCCAAUUACAUUAAUCAAACCUGUGGAAAAAGAAAAAGUUCCCAUAGGAGUGAUUGUGGGGAGCAUUAUAGGUGGAUUACUUGUACUUUUAGCUCUCGUUGCUGCCCUAUGGAAACUUGGAUUCUUUAAAAGAAAGUACAAUAAACUGGCAAAGGACGAAGAGGACGAUGACAAUGGCAAUGAUAAGGCUGCUGAAGAAUAAUGAAUAAUGAUUAAUUUCACUGUGAAUUUUACAGCUUCUACUUAGACUGAACUGUUGAAUAUGACUGGUAGCAGGUGAUAUGGUAGAUGUAUUCAUAUUGUCAUGACGAAAUGGGUGUUGUUACAGAAUAAGACAUGAAUGUUUGAUAGAUUCAGUGUUUACAUCUUAAGAGGUGAAAUUUUCACUUUUGAAGGAAAGCAAAAAUGAUUGCUUUUCUUUGUAUUUACACUAACUAAAAUGUGGGUCUAUGUCACUUUAAAUUGUGCCAUUUCAUUCAUAAGUUGUAGAUUAUAAAGAAAAAUGGUCAAUGUCCCAUGUUAAUUUUCAGGAAUUUCAUUCUUGAUUCCUUCUUUCAGAUUUCAGAAUCAUCGGUGUCAAUGAGGCAGAUGGGCCACAAAGUUGGAUUUUUUCAAAAUAUUCUGGAAUUUGACAUAAAUGUGAUGAGAGUUGAUUAUGGUAUUUUGUGAAAAUUUUGGUAAUGAGAAACUUUUCAUCACUGAACUCAAUUGAAUUUUUUUGAGAGGUCCCUGAAUUGAUAAAGAAACACAACCUCCAUUUUAAGAUGCUCCAUAUUCUUCCUACCCAAAACACAAAAGGCAAAUAAUUAUUUUAUACCACGUGAUGCUGUACUACCUGUCAUUGAGAUAUUGAGGGCACCUUUUCUAUAUUUUUAAACAUACAUUUAGCUGGCAGGAAACUUCCUUACUAUGAGAAAAUUUCAAAGGAUUGCGGGCAAUCCUUCUGUAGGUUUCCAAAGUGCACUGCUGGUGACCAAGGUUCCCUGAUCCCUGAUGCUAGUACAUCUUCAGAAUAUUGUCCCCAGUGACUUCUUUUGCACCCAGAUCAAUCAGAUAAAUAUUGGUUCUCAUCCACGAACUCUGUGGUAAUAACUAGAACUGAUACUUCUAUUCAGCCAACAAUAGUACCUAACAGGGCAUAUUGCAACAUUGAAUGUUACCUUCAGAUUUAAAGUUGUAUUGCCAUUUAAAACAUGCUUUCUAAAAUAAAUUUAAUAUUUACUUUCCCAUUGUAAAAUAUUUAUAUUUCAUUUGAAAACACUCCAAUUUCACUGCACUCUGCCACAUGCUCCGUUUCAAUAUUUCUACUUUCCUCAGAGCAAUAUUCCAUUGAAAACUAAUUAGGGUGUUGGUAGCAUUCAAUCUCUUUUCACCCAUGACAGUUACAUGGGUUUAUUAAAACCAACAUUAUGAUAUGUGCAAAUUUCAGGUCAGUAAUACAUUAUGUUGUAAAUAAAACUUACAAAAUAUCUUUUAAAUACUAUUAAAGAUUUUUUUUACAAAGUUAUGGGAUGUGGUUAAUAUUACAAGAAUUUUCUUUACUGCGAAAAAGAUUCUUCAAGUCUGGUAUGUUUUAAAUAAUGUGAUUAGUACAUUUUAUAUGCAUCAACUUUUCUGCCACCAACAUUUAUAGUUGAUUUUUUUGUUUCUCAAAGUGUUUUAAAAGAACACUGCCAAAAAAAACUAAAAACUAACGUGCUGAGCACUCUGGUCAUCUAUAUGAAUCCAAUGCAAAAGCCGGUCAUGGUGCACUGUUGGGACUUUACAUAUUGCACUGACGGAUGUAUGCUUCUAAUAUUUAUUAGGUGGUUUUCUUCCCAAACUGUAUACUACUAUUUUUUAUUUUGGAUUGUAAAUUGAAAGGGUUGUCUUGCUAUACAUUGCCUCCUUUUUAUGUGAAAUGUCUGUAUCUCUGUAACUCAUAGCCUUUAUUAAAAAAUGAACAAGUACAA